AUUGCAAUGUUUACACACAAACCCACACUUAUAACACAUUUUACUGUCAAAUCACUCAUCGCUCCAGAAGUGACCGCGAGAUCCGCUCAAUCGGUGACCAUAUCUCUCGCCACACGCCGUCAUACUCCGCGACAGUGUCUACGCACGCGAUGCGGACACACAAUACGAUGGAUCAACUGAUAUGCGAUGAUCUGAAGGCGUUCGAGAGGCGACUCAUGGAGAUCGUGUCGACCGAGAGGCCGGCCACCCGGCGCUGGCGUGUCAUCCUAUGCGUGUCCUCACUGUUGACCUCAGCCUCGGCUUUCUAUUGGCUCAACGACCCGAAGACGGCGCGCGUAUCACUCGUCGACUCAUUGGUCACUCACUACUUGUUUACCAUUAAUUGUCUCAUUCUGUUGGCGCUCUUCGCGAUGGGUAUCCACAAGCGAGUGGUCGCCACCUCUAUCAUAAUAUCGCGCACACGACAAGUGUUGGCCGACUUUGCCAUGAGUUGCGACGACAACGGAAGGCUGAUCCUUAAGCCCCGGCAACCCGUCAAGAGUGGUAUCGAGCACUUGAAGAUUUGAUCCGU